CCGGCGGUGUUGAACGCAGUGGCAGGUUAGUUUUUCUGUUUGGGCCCAGGUAUGUGAGCUGAGAGAGGUGCCACCUCCUUUCUGGCUGUCUUGGAGUGUAUUAGAGAAGGAAAAUUUUGCUCCCAGAAAAGUUCAAAUUAAGAAAAGAGAAGCCCGGGUCUGGGGCUGUAACUGCCUCUGGACGGUGCGAGCAGCUCCGCUCCCCGCUCCCCGCUCCCCUCCCAGGGCCGGGCCUGCCCCACAAGCUGGCUGACAGGCUGAGCCUGAACAGCGGCUGAAAUAAACAUGGGGCCAUCUGUGCCGUGAAGGAAGGAGCAUGUGCUGUUCGGGCCUCUGGGAACAAACGGCUUUGCUAAGCUAAAGAGUUCCAAGGCUUUGCCAGGAAGAGUUGGGCAGAGAGGGCUGGGCAGACUGCACUUGGAGUCCAGUCGGGGCAGCAGGUCCCCUGGAAGUGCCGGCGCUGAGUAAGCAAACAGCUGAGCCGGAGGACACUGUUGGGCUGGGAAGCCGCGGGUUGCCAUGGUGACUGAUGCCUCCGCGGUGCUCAGCAGACUGUGGCUUGGGUUUUUCUAAUACUUUGGAACUGACUUGAUCUCCCGGGUGAGCGUCUGCCGGGCAGGGAGAAGCCACGGAACUUGCAGGCCUGCCUCCUCGCCAAGGCGCCCCGCGGGGCUGCCGCCGGGACUGCAGACACCAGGGUCCCGGCGCUGCUUCCCGGGAAGGGAGGGACCCGAGGCGGCCAGCAGCCUGAGGAGUCUGCUCCAGGGCACGAAUGGAUGGAAAAUCCAAGGGGAGAAAACCACCAGCAGGGGAACGCCGUGCAAACCGCGGCCAGGAAGCCCAGACGUUAGAACGUACAGCGCCCAGAGGGCCGGCCUCGCCGGGAAGCAGAUUGGCGGGGCUGAGGGCUCCCGGGGCUGUGCAGACGGAUUCCGCUGGAGGAGCUAGGAUUGGGGUGAGGCUGGGAGAAGCCCUUCGCUGCAGAAAGGGACACAGACCUGGGGGCCUGGCACGUGGCUGGAGGGCCGGGCGAGGUGCCACCCGCGCUCAAGCAUGAACUCGGUCCUCACAAAGUGCGGGUCUCCGCCUCGCGGCUGGCUCAGCCUCCGUCUGGGAAGCAAUGCCGGGAGCCUGGCCGAGGAGAAGGGCCUGCGCUGUCAGAACCCCGACUGCAUGGACAAGGGGCGAGCGGCCAAGGUAUGCCACCACGCCGACUGCCAGCAGCUGCACCGCCGGGGACCCCUCAACCUCUGCCAGGCCUGUGACAGCAAGUUCCACAGCGCCAUGCAUUAUGACGGGCACGUCCGUUUCGACCUGCCCCCCCAAGGCUCUGUCCUGGCCCGGAACGUGUCCACGCGGUCAUGCCCCCCACGCACCAGCCCUGCAGUGGACCUGGAGGAGGAGGAGGAAAGCUCAGUGGACGGCAAAGGGGACCGGAAGAGCACAGGCCUGAAACUCUCCAAGAAGAAAGCCAGGAGGAGACACACUGAUGACCCAAGCAAGGAGUGCUUCACCCUGAAAUUUGACCUGAAUGUAGACAUUGAGACGGAGAUUGUGCCGGCCGUGAAGAAGAAGGCGCUGGGGGAGGUGCUGCUGCCCAUAUUUGAAAGGAAGGGCAUCGCACUGGGCAAAGUGGACAUCUACCUGGACCAGUCCAACACCCCCCUGUCCCUCACCUUCGAGGCCUACAGGUUCGGGGGACACUACCUGCGGGUCAAAGCCAAGCCAGGGGACGAGGGGAAGGUGGAGCAGGGAGUGAAGGACUCCAAGUCCCUGAGUCUGCCCAUCCUGCGGCCAGCCGGAGCCGGGCCCCCGGGCCUGGAGCGCACGGACCCCCAGAGCCGCCGGGAGAGCCUGGACAUCCUGGCCCCUGGCCGCCGCCGCAAGAACAUGUCAGAGUUCCUGGGAGAGGCGAGCAUCCCUGGGCAGGAGCCCCCUGCGCCCUCCAGCUGCUCGCUGCCCAGCGGCGGCAAUGACAGCUGGAAGAACCGCGCCGCCAGUCGCUUCAGCGGCUUCUUCAGCUCGGGCCCCAGUGCCAGCGUCUUCGGCCGGGAGGUGGACAAGAUGGAGCAGCUGGAGGGCAAGCUGCACGCCUAUGGCCUCUUUGGGCUGCCCCGGCUGCCCCGGAGGCUUCGCUUCGACCACGACUCGUGGGAGGAGGAGGGAGACGAGGAAGAGGAUGAGGACGGUGCCUGCCUGUGGCUGGAGGACAGCUGGCGGGACCUCAUGGAUGGGCAUGAGAAGCUGACCCGGAGGCAGUGCCACCAGCAGGAGGCGGUGUGGGAGCUCCUGCACACGGAGGCCUCCUACAUUAAGAAGCUGCGGGUGAUCACGAACCUGUUCCUGUGCUGCCUCCUGAACCUGCAAGAAUCAGGGCUGCUGUGUGAGGUGGAGGCGGAGCGCCUGUUCAGCAACAUCCCCGAGAUCGCGCGUCUGCACCGCGGGCUGUGGGGCAGCGUGAUGGCGCCGAUGGUGGAGAAGGCGCGGCGCACGCGGGCGCUGCUGCAGCCCGGCGACCUCCUCAAAGGCUUCAAGAUGUUCGGCUCCCUCUUCAAGCCCUACAUCCGGUACUGCAUGGAGGAGGAGGGCUGCAUGGAGUACAUGCGCAGCCUGCUGCGCGACAACGACCUCUUCCGGGCCUACGUGACGUGGGCCGAGAAGCACCAGCAGUGCCAGCGGCUGAAGCUGAGCGACAUGCUCGCCAAGCCCCACCAGCGGCUCACCAAGUACCCGCUGCUGCUCAAGUCGGUGCUGAGGAAGACGGACGAGCCGCGGGCCAAGGAGGCCGUCAUCACCAUGAUCAGCUCCGUGGAGCGCUUCAUCCACCACGUGAACGCGUGCAUGCGGCAGCGACAGGAGCGGCAGCGGCUGGCGGCCGUGGUGAGCCGCAUCGACGCCUACGAGGUGGUGGAGGGUAGCAACGACGAGGUGGACAAGCUCCUGAAGGAAUUCCUGCACCUGGACCUGACCGCGCCCAUCCCUGGUGCCUCCCCCGAGGAGACGCGUCAGCUGCUGUUGGAGGGCAGCCUGAGGAUGAAGGAGGGAAAGGACAGCAAGAUGGAUGUGUACUGCUUCCUCUUCACGGACCUGCUCUUGGUGACCAAGGCAGUGAAGAAGGCUGAGAGGACCAAGGUCAUCAGGCCGCCACUGCUGGUGGACAAGAUCGUGUGCCGGGAGCUGCGGGACCCUGCAGGCUCCUUCCUCCUCAUCUACCUGAACGAGUUCCACAGCGCCGUGGGGGCCUACACGUUCCAGGCCAGCGGGCAGGCCCUGUGCCGGGGCUGGGUGGACUCCAUUUACAAUGCCCAGAACCAGUUGCAGCAGCUGCGUGCGCAGGAGCACACGGGCAGCCAGCAGCACCUGCAGAGCCUAGAGGAGGAGGAGGAGGAUGAGCAGGAGGACGAGGAGGAAGAUGAGGAGGAUGAGGAGGGUGGGGAGAGUAGCACUUCCGCCGCCAGCUCCCCCACCAUCCUGCGCAAAAGCAGCAACAGCCUGGACUCCCAGCACUGCGCCUCGGACGGCUCCACAGAGACCCUGGCCAUGGUGGUGCUGGAGCCCGGGGAGACGCUGUCCUCUCCCGAGUUCGAGGGGGGCCCCUUCAGCUCCCAGUCGGACGAGAUGUCCCUCAGUACCACCGCCUCGUCCGUCACGCCGACCAGCGAGCUGCUGGCCCUGGGCCCCGGGGACGGCCGCUCCUGCUCCAUGGACUCCGCCUACGGCACCCUCUCCCCCACCUCCUUGCAAGACUUUGCGACCCCAGCCCCUGCGGCGGAGCCAGCGCCCCGGCCCCUAGAUUUACCACAAGCCCCUUCACCCCCGCCCUCGCCCCGCCUCCGCCGCCGCACCCCUGUCCAGCUGCUGCCCCGCCUGCCCCACCUGCUCAAGUCCAAAUCUGAGGCCAGCCUCCUGCAGCUGCUGGCAGGGGCCGCCACCCAGGGGGCGCCCCCAGCCCCCAGCCGCAGCAGGUCGGAACUCUGCUUGGCUGCCACAGCCACUGGCAUGAGGACUCGGGGCUCCCCUCACGAAGAUGGGCCCCGCUGGAAUUGCGGGGGCGCACCCAGCCCUGGCAGUGGCUCCCAGCCAUUAGAGAUGGAGGGCAGGACCGCCUGCCUGGCGGGGGAGCCCGAAGGGCCCGCCAGGAGGAGCAGAGAGCUGUUCUCAGGGGCCUCCCCCAGGGUCCAGCCUGAGCCACCCCCCGGGAUCUCUGCCCAGCACAGGAAGCUGACGCUGGCCCAGCUCUACCGCAUCAGGACCACCCUGCUGCUGAACUCCACGCUCACCGCCUCGGAGGUCUGAGCAGAAGGAGGCCCCCAAGGGUGCCACUGACCACGGACAGCAGACAGCAGGCCUCUGGGGGAGUGCGGCCCUGCUCCAGCUGCUGCCCGUGUGCGCACAAGACGAGUGCCGGGCCGGACCCCUGCCGCCGCUGGGCCGUUUGCACUUGGCCAGACUGGAUGGAGAUGGAGGAGGGUUCGGCAGAGGCCCAGGCUCAGGAUGGCCCCAUAGUCCCCACCGUCACUAACCUGCGCCCACCCCCACUCCCGCCCGCCAGCCCAGCAGGAUUCCUCGUCUGCUAUUCCCUGAAGUCACCAGCUUCCACUGCGCUGGGCUCCAGGGCCACCCACCUCCACCCUCCUCUGGCCCCAGAUGGGACAGUCGCUUGCCCUCGCCUCCCUCUCGCCCCCAGGCCCGCUGGGCUCGCUGUAAAGUUGCAUAUUUAUUGAGCUUUGAUUCUUUUAUAAAGACUUGUACAUACGCCACUGGAA